GCGGAUGUUAUAAAUACUACUUCCGGGUGAGACCACUCGGGCGCCAUCUUGUCUUGUUCGGGAAGAAGUAGAAGCAGCGAAAGGGUUGGAGGUAUUACAGGAACGGUGGCGGCAACCGUAUUCCGGAAUCACAGGCAUAAGUAAUUUUGCUGCUAUGCUUCCAAGCUGUAGUCUGAAUCUGUCUAAAUUUUAAACAGAAGGUGAAUCUCUAAGAAAAUCAAAUAUAUUUUUAAAGUCAGGAUGUGGGAUCAAGGAGGACAGCCUUGGCAGCAAUGGCCAUUGAACCAACAACAGUGGAUGCAGUCAUUCCAGCACCAGCAGGAUCCAAGCCAGAUUGAUUGGGCUGCAUUGGCUCAAGCUUGGAUUGCCCAAAGAGAAGCUUCAGGACAGCAAAGCAUGGUAGAACAACCACCAGGAAUGAUGCCAAAUGGACAAGAUAUGCCUACAAUGGAAUCUGGUCCAAACAAUCAUGGGAAUUUUCAAGGGGAUUCAAACUUUAACAGGAUGUGGCAACCAGAAUGGGGAAUGCAUCAGCAACCCCCACAUCCCCCUCCAGAUCAGCCAUGGAUGCCACCAACACCAGGCCCAAUGGACAUUGUUCCUCCUUCCGAAGACAGCAACAGUCAGGACAGUGGGGAAUUUGCCCCUGACAACAGGCAUAUAUUUAACCAGAACAAUCACAACUUUGGUGGACCACCCGAUAAUUUUGCAGUGGGCCCAGUGAACCAGUUUGACUAUCAGCAUGGGGCUGCUUUUGGUCCACCGCAAGGUGGAUUUCAUCCUCCUUAUUGGCAACCAGGACCUCCAGGACCUCCAGCACCUCCCCAGAAUCGAAGAGAAAGGCCAUCAUCAUUCAGGGAUCGGCAGCGUUCACCUAUUGCACUUCCUGUGAAGCAGGAGCCUCCACAAAUUGAUGCAGUAAAACGCAGGACUCUUCCAGCUUGGAUUCGGGAAGGUCUUGAAAAAAUGGAACGUGAAAAGCAAAAGAAGUUGGAGAAAGAAAGAAUGGAACAACAGCGUUCACAGUUGUCCAAAAAAGAAAAGAAGACUACAGAAGAUGCUGAAGGAGGUGAUGGCCCUCGUUUACCUCAGAGAAGUAAAUUUGAUAGUGAUGAGGAAGAUGAAGAUGCUGAAAAUGUUGAGGCUGCAAGCAGUGGAAAAGUCACCAGAAGUCCAUCUCCAGUUCCUCAAGAAGAGCAAAGUGAACCAGAGAUGACUGAAGAAGAGAAAGAGUAUCAAAUGAUGUUAUUGACAAAAAUGCUUUUGACUGAAAUUCUACUGGAUGUCACAGAUGAAGAAAUUUAUUAUGUAGCCAAAGAUGCACACCGGAAAGCAACAAAAGCUCCUGCAAAACAGCUGGCACAGUCCAGUGCACUGGCUUCCCUCACUGGACUCGGUGGACUGGGUGGUUAUGGAUCAGGAGACAGUGAAGAUGAAAGGAGUGACAGAGGCUCUGAGUCAUCUGACACUGACGAUGAGGAAUUACGGCACCGAAUCCGGCAAAAACAGGAAGCUUUUUGGAGAAAAGAAAAAGAACAGCAGCUGUUACAUGAUAAACAGAUGGAAGAAGAAAAGCAACAAACUGAAAGGGUUACAAAAGAGAUGAAUGAAUUUAUCCAUAAAGAGCAAAAUAGUUUAUCAUUACUAGAAGCAAGAGAAACAGACGGUGAUGUGGUUAAUGAAAAGAAAAGAACUCCAAAUGAAACUACAUCAGUUUUAGAACCAAAAAAAGAUCAUAAAGAAAAAGAGAAACAAGGAAGGAGUAGAUCAGAAAGUUCUAGUAGUGGUAGUUCCAGUAGCAAUAGCAGAACUAGUAGUACUAGUAGUACUGUCUCUAGUUCUUCAUACAGUUCUAGCUCAGGUAGUAGUCGCACAUCUUCUCGAUCUUCUUCUCCUAAAAGGAAAAAGAGACAUAGUAGAAGUAGAUCUCCAACAAUUAAAGCUAGACGUAGUAGGAGUAGAAGUUAUUCUCGCAGAAUUAAAAUAGACAGCAAUAGGGCUAGGGUAAAGAUUAGAGAAAGGAGAAGAUCUAAUAGAAAUAGCAUUGAAAGAGAAAGACGAAGAAAUCGGAGUCCUUCCCGAGAGAGACGUAGAAGUAGAAGUCGCUCAAGGGAUAGGCGAACCAAUCGGUCCAGUCGCAGUAGGAGUCGAGAUAGACGUAAAAUUGAUGACCAACGUGGAAAUCUUAGUGGGAGCAGUCAUAAACAUAAAGGUGAGGCUAAAGAACAAGAGAGGAAAAAAGAGAGAAGUCGAAGUAUAGAUAAAGAUAGGAAAAAGAAAGACAAAGAAAGAGAGCGUGAACAGGAUAAAAGAAAAGAGAAACAAAAAAGGGAAGAAAAAGAUUUUAAGUUCAGUGGUCAGGAUGAUAGGUUAAAAAGGAAACGAGAAAGUGAAAGAACUUUCUCUAGGAGUGGUUCUAUAUCUGUUAAAAUCAUCAGACAUGAUUCUAGACAGGAUAGUAAGAAAAGUACUACCAAAGAUAGUAAAAAACAUUCAGGCUCUGAUUCUAGUGGAAGGAGCAGUUCUGAAUCUCCAGGAAGUAGCAAAGAAAAGAAGGCUAAGAAGCCUAAACAUAGUCGAUCGCGAUCCAUGGAGAAAUCUCAAAGGUCUGGUAAGAAGGCAAGCCGCAAACACAAGUCUAAGUCCCGAUCAAGAUCAACAACCCCUCUCCGUCGUAAACGCUGAGGAAUGAUGUGGCAAGAAUGCCAUGAUGUUUAAAAAAUUCCAUGAGUUUUAAGGGCUUGUCUCAUUAUAGAGGCACAUUGUGGCUGUGUAGGUGAAACCAGAAUUUUUUUUUUUUUUAAUCUGUAAAUAGGUGUACUUUUUCCAAAUGCUGCUCCGUUAAUAGGAUUUCUUUGUAUUACUUUUUUUUUCCAAAAAAUAGUGCACAAUAAGACUAUAAACAUGCCAUUCUCUUUCAGCUGUAAUAUUCUUAAAAUUAUUCUUGAAUGUACUGUGAUGUCAAUAAAGCUCUUUAGUUCAUUUUUGUUAA